AUGGCUAGGCAAGCAGCAGAGCCUGCACCAGCAGAACCAGAGCCAGCAGAGCCCGAUCCUGCGCCUCACACAGGCAAGGAACUCUGGGAAAAGAAGUGCACGUACGUAGCACUGAAGGCUCUCACAAACAUUAUCAAGGCGCUGCAGUGUGUGGAUGGCUACGGCUGUGUGCUCAGCUAUGAUACCAUGAAGGCUCUGAAGGAGCUGCUGUCAGACACCCUGGAGACAGGUGCUCCCUCCCUGCGCUGCUCCUGCUCAACAAAGGCCAUCGAGCUGAAGUGCGCCGACUGGCACGACAUGCUGCAGAGGUGA